ACGCAAGGUUCAAUGUGCCCCUCUCUGUGAGUGAAAUGUGCUGAAAAAGUGUUUUUUUUUUUUUUUAUUGUUGUAAAUAAAAAUUGAAACGAAAUCGAAAACGCAAAAUAUGUUGCUAUGCAGCGAUAUGCACCUGUGUGUCUGCGCACUCAGUGAAGCCUGAAGAGCCAAGCCACAAAAGUGUAAAGUGCACUGGCCAGCAACCAGCAACCAGCAGAAUUAAGCCGAAAACCAAAAACCAAAUACAAUCACAAAUACGAAACAAAACAAAGCAGCACCAACGGCAACAACAACAGUAUUUUCUUUUACUUUUUGUUUUGUUCACAUUUUGCAACUCGAGAAUUUCGCGCGUCGCUCGCUGCGCUCCAAUUGCAGUAGCGCUUGGCUAUAGUUGUUGUUGUUGUUGGGCGUGUUUCUCUUCUUCUGCUAAGCGACCCACACACAAAUGAGCUGCGCCUGAGGCGGAAGCAGAAGCAAUACCAGCAGCGAAGAUGAUGAUGAUGAUGUCGCCAGCAGCGGCAUCAGCGUCGACCGACUGCAGCAGCAGCAGCAUGCAGGGCUCGACGACGAGCAGCGCCUCGAGCGAUGUGAUGACGCUGACCACAACGGCGGCGUCGUCGUGGUGCGCGAUGCCGGCCAGCACACGGUUGCGUGUGGUGCGGCUGGUGCGGCCGCAUCAGCGCCGGCUGCUGGUGGUGCCCGAGCGCAGCGCCACAUUCGGCUUUGCGGUGCGCGGCGGCAAGGAGCACGGCAUCGGGUUCUUCGUCUCGCACGUGGAGCACGGCGGCGAGGCGCAGCUGAAGGGCCUGCGCAUUGGCGACCAGAUCUUGCGCAUCAAUGGCUAUCGACUGGAGGAUGCGGUGCACAAGGAGUUCAUCCAGCUGGUGGCCAGCCAGGAUCGGGUCACGCUCAAGGUGCGAGGCGUGGGCAUGCUGCCAGUCAAGGACCAGCCGGAUGAGCGUCUGUCCUGGAGCGUGGUCAAGCUGCCCAGUGUGAGUGGCACGCCCUCGGAGAGCUCGUUCAAGGCGACGACGGAGCGACGGACGGCCAGCCGGGACAUCAAUGUGGUGCUGCAUGUGGCGCCGCGCACCAAGCUGGGCCUGGGCAUAUGCAAGGGGCCCGAAUGGAAGCCGGGCAUCUUCGUGCAGUUCACCAAGGAGCGCAGCGUGGCGCGGGAGGCGGGUCUGCGGCCGGGCGACCAGAUACUCAGCGUGAACAGCAUCGACUUCUCGGACGUGCUCUUCAGCGAGGCCGUGGCCGUCAUGAAGGGCUCCAGCAAGCUGGACAUGGUGGUGCGCACCGCCGCCGGCUGCGAUCUGUUUCCCGGCGAGUCCAGCGGCUACAACAGCUCGGCCAGCUCGGUCACUGGCGACCAGAGUCCCUGCUGGGCGGACGCCAAGUCCAAGCGACUGACGGCCGUGCGCGAGGAGCCCGCCCAGGCAGCUGCCUCGGCUGGUGCGGCGGUGCAGGUGCACAAGCAGCUGAACAAGACCAUCAUCAAGCUGACCGAGAACGGCACCUCCAUCAACAGCACCUACAUAGCCAACGCCUGCGGCGCUCAGCAGCUGCAGCGUGAGCACGAGCACACUCUGGAACAGCUGUCGGUCAGCCGCAGCACCACAAUGCGGCGCAGCUGCUCGGUGGCUGCGCCCAUACCACCGCCGCCAGCUGCAGCGGGGGCAGCGGGGGCAGCACCGGCGCCCAGCAGCAGCAGUGCGGGCAGCAGUCUCUCCAGUGCCAUAACCGACGAGCUCAAGAAGCGCAAAGAGGUAAGGCAGCGGAGCUGAUGGGUGGCAGAAUACCC